CUGUCUCCCUCCCGCCCUCCCCACCUCCCUUCCCUCUGGCUCUCUGACCCCCGGUCCCUGCCACUCGUUUUUUCUGGGUCUGUCUGUCCGUCUCUGCCUCUCAACUGCCUUCCCUCCUCCGAGCCGACGAGCGUGUAUUCCCAUUUUCAUUCUCAUUUCUCUCGUCAUUUUCUCUCUCUCUCCCUCAUUCUCUUUCAUUUUCUUUUCUCUCUCACUGCGUCCCCCCAACCCCUCAAGGAGGAAGUCUGGGUCGCGUGCGGACCAACUGUGACUCCUAAGUCCUGUUUGGAGUUGUCCCUCGCCAACAAACCGCGUCCUGGUGUCGCCCCCCGGGGCUCAAGGCCCCCGCGAGGGCGGUGCGCGCCCCAACCCUGCCCCCAGGUGCCCCGCGCCGUCUCCCACGGCCCCAGAGCCCGCCCCGCCCGGUGUCGGGUUUCCGGCCCCCGGUUAUUUUAAGGCGCGCGUCGCGCUGCCCGGCUCCCGCGGCUCCUCCAGUCCCCGCGGCUGCCCUGCUGCUCCUGCGCCCUCUCCUCGCCUCCAGCCCCGCCAGCAUGGGUCCCUGGCCCCGCUCUCAGCUCGCAGCUGUCCUGCUGCUUCUCUGUGGCACUGGCACCGCGCACGGCGACACACCUGCCAACUGCACCUACCCUGACCUGCUGGGCACCUGGGUCUUCCAGGUGGGCCGCGGAGGUUCCCAGCGGGACGUCAACUGUUCGGUGAUGGGACCACCAGAAAAAAAAGUAGUGGUGCACCUUAAGAAGUUGGACACAGCUUACGAUGACUGGGGCAAUUCUGGACAUUUCACCAUCAUUUACAAUCAAGGCUUUGAGAUUGUGUUGAACGACUACAAGUGGUUUGCCUUUUUUAAGGAUGUCACUGAUUUUAUCAGUCAGUUGUUCAUGCAGCUGGGAACUGUGGGAAUGUAUGAUUUACCAUAUCAGAGGAAGAAACUGGUUAUUAAAUAGAGCAUCUGUUGAGGGGGGUCUUUUGAGACCACAGCCCCACGCAGGCUUGGGGCUAAGAGGCAGACCAGCACACAGCACUGGACCUACCUACCUCUGACGGCCAGCGGAGGCCUCUAGCAGCUACAGACCCUUCUGGAGUCUUUAUGUGCAUGUAAAGUGCAGAGGAGUCCUGGUGACCUACCUCCACGGCAGCUGCCCUCCCCAACAUUUCCGUGAAAAGCAGCCACCACGUUUUGGAGUGUGAACAACCAGAGACUACGCAGGAGAAAGACAAAAAUAAUCUGGAAGCCUUAGGUGGCUCUGCCAUUCAGCCUUUGAGUGAAAGGAACAACAUGCGCCAUGUUUUUUUUCUUUUUUGAAUACUCUUUUAUUGAUACGAUUUUUCAAAAGAAGCUAGGAUUAGUCCUUUGUAUUUCAUUUUGCUCACAGUGGUCUUUCCGAGUGCCUUUUCUUUCCCUAAUUACCUGAGGAACCUCGGCAUCUAUCCUAAGGAGAAGAUCAGGCUUCAGUAUAUCAUGAGAUGCACAGACGUUAUUGGUGGGAAGAUUGUCCUGUGGAAGAGGCUUUCUUGAAAAAUGCAGACUGCUAAAGGAUAUCUUUUUGUAGAUCGUGGGCCUAACAGUACCCCUGGCCAGAAAGAUGGUCUGAUGAAUACAUUUUAUGGGUUUUUUUGACUAGGUGCCAUCCUUGUGCUAAGAAUUUGAGGUACUUGACCAUACAAAAACACUGUAAAAUAAAUCUUCUUUGCUUCAUUUUACAGAUAGGGAUAAUUAGUUUCAUAUAGUACUUAAGCUCACACAGCUUAAGAGUUAAAUAAUAAAGGCUAGUCUUUCAACCCUGAGCACUUCCUUGGGGCUAACGAGUGAAAGAAAAACCAUUUCACAAGUACUUGGAGUCACAUCUGGGUAGAUUUUAUGGCGAGUCCCAGACUGUAAACACCAUGGCCAUUUAAUGGGACAGAAUAUGCACAGCAUUAGCUUCUGUUGAGAUGUAGGAAAGAAUUGGCUUGAAGCUUAGGUUUCUCUUCCAAAUGAGGCUACUCACUUUCUUUUCUAAGCCAGGGUCCUGUCAUUCAAGAUAAAAAAUUACCGUCUCCUUCCCUUUGUAGUCCCCCAAAUUGGAGGGAGAGCUUCCUAAUCUUCAAAUUAAAUACAACCUAAGUACCUUUGCCAAGUUUACUUCUCUUAGUACCAUUAUUGUUCACACUGAUUGCUAUCACCUAGGUCUUUCCUUUUAAACAAUGGACUAGUUUCCACCUCAGUUAUUUAGAACUGAUUAAUAUCAGCCUUGGUGAACCAAAAAUGUGAGGCUACACCUACUUCAUAUUGUAUAGGAGGACCUCCCUCCUGGAUUCCCGCUUUAAGGGAGGAAUCUUUCUCUAGGGAGCCACUUGCCAUCAUUACAUUAAUUCAGAGCUUUUUAUCCCCUCUGGGAGGUACUGGUCUGCAGUUCUGGGAAGGUUACAUCUUUUAAAGAUGAAAUAACAGUACAGCCAACUACUUCAACCUGGACACGUCCUACCUGUAGACCUGAUAAUUCUUCACUUAGGAUGUCCAUGCCCCCACCGUGAAGGCCUUCCCAGCUCUCUCCAUUGCUGGGAGAAGCACCCUUGCUUUGGUUCCCAUGGCGCUCUGCACGCAGCUCUCUGCUCUAGCAGCACUAACUCUGCUGGGAUGGGGUGAUCUGGUAGCAUGUCCUCACCUUUUUCCAGUUGGAAAAUCUGUUAAUUUCCCUGUAUGGCUUAAGCACCUAAUGUGCAUAGAAAUUUCUAGGUGCUUGAAAGGUUAACCACUUCUCUUUUCAAAGAUUCUCAUAAGUAAUACCAGUUUACAAAUAAUGCUACAGGGUUAUAGAAUCACAAAUCAGGAAUGGUACUAUGUUUAUAUUUUUGGAUCUCUGCUCUCAAGUAUAUCAGGUUACCUGCCUUCAGAAUCCUGAGAGAAUUCAGUGUUUUCUGACUGAUUUUCAGGAUGUAAAUACUAACAAAGCAACCAAUGUGUGUGUGUGUGUAUGUGUGUGUGUGUGUGUGUGCGAAUUUAAAAUCAUGUCUACCAAAGUGAUUGUUUCUCUGAGAGUAACUUUGCAUUUAAAUGUUUGUUUUGCUUAUGAAGAAGAGAAGCUUUGGUGAGUACGGUGUUAGAAGGCUUCAUGGUGUUAGACUGCUUAGCUUUCUCCAUUGUAAUCACCUGCGUGCCCUCUCCUGGGCUUUGAACUCCGAUUGCAGGGAUCAACUCUGUAUUACCAUUUUAUUCCCUAUGUGUAGUACCAAAUGUGAAAAAUAAUGGGGCUUCAAUAAAUAUUUGUAAAAGAAAGGGAAUUGAAAAUACAUCA